AUGAAAAAGGUGAAUACCGAGCAGCUGAAUACUCGUCCCCCGAGAGGACCACAUUACACAGCAUAUACGCCCUUCAAUGCGAGUAGGGCCAAAGUAUUGGAGCAGGCUCUAACCUCCGAGAUCCUCACUAUGCCGAAACAGGCAAACACUCAUCCUAGAGCAGACAAAGCAAAGACAUGCCGAUACCACCGUAAUAGGGGGCACUCAACCGAGGAGUGCUCAGCACUUAGAGACAAGUUGGAGGAACUCAUUAAGCAAGGUCACAUGAGGAGUUUUGUAACAUUCCGAGAUCACACUCCAACUGCAGAUCACCGCCAAGUAGCAAAGGAGAGGUCCUACCACCCUCGCGAAGCACGACAUGCGAGGGACCGUCGAGGUCGAUCCCGCUCAGCCGAGCAGAGGGACCAUUCAAGGCACUCUCGGGAAGAUAACGACCAACCGAGAAAGGUGAUAAACACUAUAGCUGGAGGCUUCGCCGAAGGAGGAUCCACCUCUUUGGUGCGGAAAAGAAACCUUCGGGCCGUGCGGUCGGUAAACAUUGUGGAUCACCCGAAGACACCCAAAAUGCCACCAAUAAAAUCUUCUUAUCGAGAUUUCUGCGGUGUCAACCCCAUCCAGGACGAUCCCAUGGUGAUUUCUGUUGAAGUGCACAAUUGCAUUGUGAAGAAGACUCUAGUCGAUCAAGGGAGCUCAACGGAUAUUCUAUACUGGAAUACCUUCGUGCAAAUGGGAAUUCUGGAGGAAAGCCUAGAAUCGUACCAUGAACCCCUGGUAGGGUUUUCGGGAGAAAGAGUAAUGACGAGAGGAUGCAUUGACUUAUACACUCGUUUUAGCUUUGAUCAAAAGACUUUUCGAGAAGUCAAAAUCUGUUACAUUGUGGUUCACGCCAGCACUUCCUACAACAUCCUGCUAGGGCAACCCUCCAUUAAUGCCCUUGGAGCCAUUGUUUCGACCCCUCACUUAUGCGUAAAGUUCCCGUCAAGGGAUGGACAAGUGAUAACCGUCCACGCCGACCAAAAGACAGCUAGGGAAUGCUACUUUUAUAGUCUGAAGAUGCGGCCCAUUGCCGACCUCCCUGCAAUAAAAGGUGUCAAUGUAGUAAGGUAA